AUGUCUGCAGGGGCCCAGGAGUUGUACCCAGAACUUCCAGUGAGUGUCUCCCCAGAGCUUUCUGCCGAGUUUGAGCCAAGUAUUGUUCUAGAUGCAAAACCUGAAGCCUCGAGCUCCUUGGUACGGACUUUGCCUGUAGAGCCCCAGAGAACUCAUGUGGAAAAUUGCUCUCCAGAAAGGGACCCCAUGGAUGUUAGGGGGAAACCAAGAUGUUGUGGACUGGCAGGCUCCCCAGCCCCAGCCAGAGAUGCUGUGGCUUCAGGAGUCUUUGAGAAAGAGAGUGAAGCAGAGAGAGUGGAGCAGAAGUCCUCAGACAGCCAUGGGGAUCAGGAGGAGGAAGCACGAACUGUGGGAGCCCCUGACGAGGGAUUGGCAGAAGGCCAGGAGCAGCCUUCCCCAGCUGCGGCUGAAAGAGCGUGGGGCUCAUGCCAGGUGGUCCUCUGGAAGCAGCUAAAGCGAGACCUGAGCUGGAGCUGUCCUGUUCCUGACAAUGACCUGCAUCCCACAGAAGAAAACCAAGGAAACGUACAGGUUACAACAGAAACUCUGCCAAAACCUACUGAAGAAGAACAAGGUAUGAAGGUCAAUGGGACUGAGACCAUUAGGAAUGACAAAGUGAGUAAAAGUCUCCCAACUGGGUUCAUCGACUGCCCAGAUAGAGACAAAAUCAUGACCAGUGGUGAGGGUUCAGAAACCAGCACCCUAGUUUCCCUAGAGCCUUUAACCUCUGUGGAACCUGAAUUGACAAAAGCGCCUUCAAAAGAAAAAGAAUGUGAAAAAUCCAUUGCUUCUUGUCCUCUUGUGCUGCCAUCAUCAGAGGACAGUGUCAACUCGACAUUGUACAGUGAAACACUGUCCAGAUUGAGCCUUGUCCACAAAGCCGUUGACAAUCACCAACACACCAAGCCAAGCAUUCUUCAGGUGAAGAGCAAGGAAAGUGGUGUUUGCCUCCAAAUGUCAUGUCUCCCAUUGAGCUUGCCCUCUGCUGAGUCCGAAAGCAUCUCCCUUGAAAAAUGUGACUCUGACAAUGACCAACAGAAGAUGGAAAAACCCUUCUGGAAUGGAGAGAUCUUGAGAGAAGGCUCAGCUUAUAGACUGAAAGGGGAAGACCAAGCUCUGAGUGUCAGGAGCCAAACUGUUGCCUGCACAGCCUCAGUCAGGGGGCUCGAGAAAGUAGCCAGCAAGAGAACUCUGUUUCUCCUUCUGAAGGAGAUCCUAGCCAAGGCCCCUCAGAAAUUCAAGGAAAUCUAA